CAACGAUCGUGUGCGCAGCAUCCAAACUCGCCUUCGUUACCAUGCCAUUCACUCAGCACCACCUCCCGCCGCCCAAUUGGACCCGGAUCUAUUGAACUGACUCGACACCUUUAGUUCGGAAUGUACAUUCUCUUCCCAAUCAGUAUAAUGUACUACUUCGGUACCAAUCUUGACGGCAAAUUCACGGUUCCCGAGUUUUGGCCAAAGCCGGGUCAAACGCAUAAGAUCCCGUACGACCGCGAUGAGAUAGCAAAGGAACUGGAGAGGAUAAAGGCGAGAAACCUGGAGAACAAGCGCAGGAGAGAGGAGAGGGAGAGGUUAAGGGAAAUGGGCGGCCAGACUAGGGAGGAAUGAGCGGAAUAUACCAGAGGGCGAUGCUUGCAUAUAUGGAAUGCGUUAUGACAUGUAGACCAUAGGAUGAGAAG